AUGAUCAGCACCGCCCGGUCGCUAGGUGGUCUUACGUCAACUUCGGAGCCCAUCCGCUUCGAAGUUUCAAGUGCCGAAGAGCUGGGCUCUCGGCUGUCACCGCCUAUUGCUGAUGGCAGCAUUGACAUAAUCACCGCUGCUACGGCAGCCCAUUGGUUUGAUAUGGAUGGAUUCUGGCCACGGGCAGCCGAGGUUCUCAAACCAGGUGGGACCGUCGCGUGCUGGACGGGCAGCACGAUGCGCGUGCAUCCUUCCGUUCCAAAUGCGGCGGACAUCCAGGUGGCUGUCGACAAGAUGUUUUUCGAUCAUCUAGAGGCUUACACGGUCGCCGGCAACCGGAUUGGUCGAGACCUGUACGCCAACCUACCACUGCCAUGGACAAUCAACAAGCCAGUCCCCGAGUUUGACGAAAGCACAUUCUUCCGUAAGGAGUGGAAUAAGGGCGGCGAUUUGCCCGAGGGCGAAGAGUUCUUCAUGGGCGACCGGACGGUGGACCUUGACCAGCUGGAGAAGGCGCUGUCAACUGCGAGCCCGGUGACGCGAUGGCGCGAGGCACACCCAGAGGCGGUGGGCACGGAGCAGGACAUUUUGCGGUUGCUAAGGAGGCAGAUUGAGAAGCUUCUCCGUGAAGCAGGCGUGGACCCUGGCACGGAAAUCGUCAAGGGAGGAUUCGCAGGCGUUCUGCUAAUGAUUAAGAAACAGGCGUAG